UAAAUUUAUAGAUAUUCUAAAGAUAUCUAAAAAAUAUCUAAAUCAUCAUUUAAAACUGUAAUAAAACUGUAUUUCGGUCAGCGAUGUACUAGUACAAAAUGCAACGCCUGCAUAAAUUUGUUUAACUGAAGAUCAACGAUUCUGUAACCGUUCGACAUUCUUUCCCACACUAUAGGUGAAUCUCCAUUGAUAAAAUCAUCCGGUGGUCGUGUCUUCUUGAUCGCUGCAAUACGAAGGCUUAAAGCAAAAAAAUCGCUAUCCUUAAUAGAACUCUUUCUGCGGACCCAUUUGCCUUUGAACAUGUUUCGUGUGGAAAAUCGUGUCAACUUUUCGCUUGAUAUUCUGCAAUUUUCAAUAAUGCCCCCAAAAAUGAUCCAAUUUCAAUGAAUAAUUUACGCGUAAUUUUUAAUACAGCACACUUUUAAAAUUUCGACUCGGAUCUUAACUUUGAAGUUGUUUUCCGUUCAAAAAUCGAUUAAGCUCGAUUAAGAAAUUUUCUGUACAGACACAUUCAGAAUUUAUACGUGGGAUGUUAUAAAAUUUUUCCGUUAUUACAAAAAAUAUCAUGUUUUUAGCAUUUUUUAACCCGUAACUCGUAAAUCAUUUUUUAUGCCCAUUCCUUGAAAACGUUCGAGAAUGGAUUUCAUCGACGAGAAAGAUGAAUUAGCGUUAGAGGCGGAGGCACGACUCAAGGCUCCCCUCGAAUGGGAAUCAACGGCCAAAUGCAAAAUAAUAGACCUGAAGGAGUCACAGUACGACGAAGCUUUACGUCUGAUCAAACAUCACUUUUUCCGGGAGGAACCUAUGUGCAAAGCGUCCUCGUUGCUCGAGGAUCCCACUUCCGUGAACGAUUAUCUGGAACUUAUAAGAACUUGGAUGAACGAUACAACGAGCAUAGUCGCUGUUAGUCUUAAAUCUGGCCGCGUCAUCGGAGUUGCUGUGACGAGGGUCAACAGCAGGAUCGAGAAAACGGAUACUUAUCAGCGUGUUCAGGUGUUAAAGGGAGAAACUCUACGCAAGAUCAUGCAUUUGCAAAACACACUUAUGCAGCAAACGAACGCACACGAAAAGUUCAAACAUUCGAAAUAUUUCUGUAUAUACAUUUUAUGCGUGCAUCCAUCUUAUCAAGAGAAAAGUGUCGAGGUAGCGCUUCUGAACGCUUGCGUUCAGGUAGCAUUGAGUUUAAAAAUGCCAGCGAUCGGUGGUAUUUUCACUUGUGGCGUAAGCCAAACAAGGGCAAGAAGCGUGGGUUUCCAACUUCUCUCGGAAAUUCGUUACGGUUUAUGGCUUGUUAACGAGCAAGUUGUAUUCGAUGAUCCAGGAAGAGGAAAUUAUUCGGCUGCUUUGAUGGGCAAGGUGUUAAAAUCGGAAAACAAUCCGAAGCACCACAAAGUACCAUCCGUCGAUACCGAUAAGAAAUAAAAAAAAAAAAAAAAAAUUAUUAAAAAUAGGAUAUUCAUGCGUAAAAUUUUGAAU